UUAGUUAACACACCAGCGGGCGCAGACCAAACCGACAAGUCGUCAUCCUCCUCCCUCCUCCUCCCCUUCCUACCAGUGCCAAAUCAACCAUCCCGUGCCUUCCCCCUCCGCCUCUCCUCACCUGCCUUCUCCUCCAAGGAACCCCAUCUUCUCGCCUAAACCCUAGCCGGCAGCGAUGUCCGGCUCCGGCGUCCCCUCCGGCCGCGGCUCCCGCAGCUUCGACUUCGGCGCCGACGACGUGCUCUGCUCCUACGACGACUUCGCCGCCCCCUCUGAGCCCAAGCGGCCCGAUCCGGCCGACAAGCAGGACUUUCAUGAUAGUAGAUUGGGGAGACCACUUGGGAAAGCUUAUGAACAAGAGAGUUAUGGCAAGGAGGAUGUACUUUUUGCUGUUGAGAAAUGCAUGAAGAAAUAUGCUGAUAAUUUGCUGCGAUCACUUGAGGGAAUCACUAGUAGGCUUUCACAACUGGAGAUCUAUUGCUAUAAGCUUGAGAGAUCCAUGGGUGAACUUCGAAGUGAUGUGCUCCGUGAUGAGACUGAUCAGAGAUUGAAGUCUCUUGAGAAACAUCUUCAUGAAGUGCACAGAUCUAUUCAAAUCCUUAGGGACAAGCAAGAGUUAGCUGAAACUCAGAAGGAAUUAGCCAAAUUUCAACUCAGACAUGACACGUCUAAAAAGAAGGAAGACGUGCCAACACAAUCUUUCCCUGAGCAAAAGACACUUGAAGAAAAGGCUGAUGCAUCUGGUCAGCAGCUGGCGAUUGUUUUGCCUCAUCAGGUGAACUCGUCAUCACUUGCACCUAGAGCUUCUGAACCAGUCCAACAGUACAAGGAUCAGACAGUGCAGCAGCCAGCCCCUAGCUCUUCUGUACCACAGCAGGACCGUUAUGUUCUUAGCCAAGCCAUCGUUUACUACCCACAGCGUCAAGCUCCAGGUAUUCAGGACACGCAGGGGCAGCAAGUACAACCAGAGGUGCAGUACUUGCCAGUAAGGCCUUCAGCAACGCAAGAUGUUCCUGUCCAUGCUUCAUCUCAACAGUCUCAGGCAGCGAAUCAAACCCAGCCUCAGUCUUUCCCUCCUUACCAGCAGCAGUGGCCCCAGCAAUCGUCCCAGUCAGCUCCCGCACCAGUGGCCCAACCACAGCAGACUUUCUCACAGCCAUUUCCUCCACCUGUACAGCAGCCCCAUUUAUCUAACACUCAGCAGUUUCCUCCACAACAAAUGCAGCAGCCCCAGCAAUCCAGCUCUCAGCAGUUUACUCCACAGUCAGUGCAGCAGCCCCAGUUAUCUAAUGCUCAACAGUUUCCUCCGCCGCAAGUGCAACCACCUCAACCUAGCCCUCAGCUUCCUCCUCAGGCAAUGCAACCACAACAACAAAAUCAAAUGAGGCCUCAAACUCCACCAAAUUAUCCUCAUUAUCCACCUCACCAGCCCUUAAACCCUGCACCUGAAACUCUCCCCGGCAGCAUGGCUAUGCAAGGACCAUACAACACGGUUGCUCCAUCAGGGGGGAGCCGUUCUGAAGUGCCAUAUUCAUACGCAGGCAUUCCACCACCUCAGCACAACAUGCAAAGGCAGCAGCUACCUCCUCCAAAUCAAGGCUCCUUCGGACCCCCUCCAAGUAAGGGGGGCUACGCCGGUCCGCCACAAUAUCCGCUGCAUGGUAGCUCACAAGGUUACAACAACGCAUAUGGCUACCCCCCAAGUGGUCCUUCAGCAGGCCAGGCGCCUCAGAUGCCUCCAGCUCCAGGUCCUCACCAGAUGAUGCGCGGUCAUCCAUAUGGGGAAAUGAUUGAGAAGGCAAUCACCAUGGGAUAUCCAAGGGAGCAGGUUCUGAAUGUCAUUCAGAGGAUGACUGAGAGUGGCCAGCCUAUGGAUUUCAACACAUUGCUGGAUAGGCUGAACGAAGCAGGGUCCGGGGCACACCCUCGUGCGUGGUGAUUUCGUCCAGGGUUGGGCCUCUCCCUCGGGGCAGUGGGCACGGCGCUCAUACGUGUGCAAAGAAUGGUAUCGUAGUUGAAUAAAUAAGAUUUGAAGUGAUGCAAUCUGUUUGACUGUUGCUUACCUGUACGAUGUACAUAUUACUACUAGUAUUAAACAUUGAUGUUAAUUUUCAUGUACUUCCUGCACGUGUAUCAUCAACAUCUUUGCAACUGGGCUAUUCAUCAGAUCUAUGCUAAGGCAAAUUAUUGCCA